GCAAUAAAUACUAUAAUAUAAAAACACACAGAUGUCAAAGAUUAAAUAGAGAUAUAGUUUGUAAGAACUGCUGGAUAAAUUUAAUCUGAUUUGUAGGUUUCUAUCUGCAUAUGUAAUUGGAUAAUUUUAUUGGAUAUCUUCAUGAAGAUAUAUAAAAGGAGAUUGCUCUUCUCGCGCUUGUACUGUCCAUUGGCGUGAUACAGUACCAUUACAGGAUAUUCCGUACAACAGAGUAUUGAUGUUUUACAAAUUGAAGAUUUCUAUUACCUUAAACUCAGAAUCCAGCAGAAGCAAUUAUACUUCAAACAAUUUAAACGUUAAAAAGAAAAUGGAGUCUCUCAUUACAUUAGGUAUCGAAAAUUUAACUUCGAUCGUUUUACCCGGACAUUCCACCUUGGUACUUGAUGUGUUAACAACAAUUAAAGAACCUCAAGCUAUGCGACAGAUCAUGAGUUUUACUAAUCAAACUGUAGUAAAUAAAGUACCUCCAGACAUGCUGCAUUUAGUCGAUCCACAUUGGUAUCAGUUUCCACCAAUGGAUCCAUUGUGGCACAAAAUUCUUGGCCUUGUAAUGAUUGUGUUAGGAUUUAUGGGAUGGACUGGCAAUGGUGUUGUAGUGUAUAUUUUUCUGAUGACACCUUCCCUAAGAACACCAAGCAAUCUAUUAGUAAUAAAUCUGGCUUUCUCGGACUUCAUCAUGAUGAUGAUUCAGUCACCUCCUAUGGUAAUAAACUGCUACUACGAGACCUGGGUGUUAGGACCGUUGAUGUGCGAUGUAUACGCCAUGGUUGGUUCUCUAUGUGGAUGUGCCUCAAUUUGGACCAUGACUGCUAUUGCUUCAGAUCGAUAUAAUGUUAUAGUAAAGGGUAUGGCUGGCAACCCACUCACUAUUAAAAAAGCUCUACUUGAAAUUUUAAUAAUCUGGCUGUUUGCCUUGUUAUGGACAAUUUUUCCAAUGGUGGGAUGGAACAGAUAUGUACCUGAAGGCAAUAUGACCGCCUGUGGUACGGAUUAUCUCACUAAAGAGUGGAGUUCCAAGUCGUACAUCUUAGUGUACUCAGUGUUUGUAUAUUAUAUUCCACUUUUCACUAUCAUUUACAGCUAUUACUUUAUCGUGUCGGCAGUAGCUACGCAUGAGAAAGCAAUGAGGGAACAGGCAAAGAAAAUGAAUGUCCAAUCUUUAAGAUCGGGAGACAAUCAAAAUGUGAGCGCAGAAGCAAAGCUGGCGAAGGUAGCCUUGAUGACCAUUUCUUUGUGGUUCAUGGCAUGGACACCGUACUUGGUCAUCAAUUAUACUGGUGUUUUCGGUAUUGCUACUAUCAGUCCUCUUUUUACCAUUUGGGGAUCUCUCUUUGCAAAAGCAAAUGCUAUAUAUAAUCCAAUUGUUUAUGGAAUUAGUCAUCCGAAAUACAGAGCAGCGCUAAAAGAGAAGCUACCCUGCCUUGUAUGUGGUUCCACUGAAAAGCCUGCUGCAAAAGCCGUAGCGGAAACAACUUCUAUUUCGACAGCAGCGUAGUUUUUCUCAUUAUAAAUUAUAAAUUUGAAACAUUGUGAUAUAAUUCAGUUAGAACGAAUAUAUUCGGAAUAUACGUGAACGAAUCAGUGCAUCAUGUAAUAAAUUUCCAAAUAACAUGAAAAUUUGUAAUCUGUAAAGCUUCAAUAGCUGUUGUAGAUAGCCAAUUGUGUAACAGCUACGUACACGGAAUUUUGAGGAAACUAAAAGUCUUACUUUAUACGUCAUUCUUUCAGUUUUUAUGUUUGCUCUUCUGUUUUUCUUGUUACUGUAAGUGUUAAAUAUUACCUUUGCAAAAAUGAGUGAUAGAGUGCACUAAUAUAUAUCCAGAAGAAUGUUAUUCAAAAAAAGCAAAAAAAAAAAAUUAUUUUGACUUAUUUGAGUUUAGAAAAAUUGAUCUUAAAGUAUAUAUGUAUGUAAUAUAACAAAAAAAUGUGUUAAAUGAUAAUAAUACAGAGAUUCAUAUUCACCGAAUUUUGUCAUGGUUCAAUUAAAACUCCCUUAUAUAUUUUUGCCUGCAGAGAAUUUAUAUUUAGUUCUAUAAAAUAGUAAUUACAGACAUAUGUAUGUAUAUUAAUUUAUCAUAUCUUUUGUUAGCGAUGUAACUUUUUCAGCAAUAUUGUACAGCCAAUGCUUGUUAAUUCCAAAAUAGUAAAAUGUAUUUUGUUGCAUUGAGAGACGAUAAAAAAAAAA